AUGGAGCCGAUGGUGGGAACUCCGUCACCCCUGCAGCAGGGUUUAUUGGUACUGCUGAUACCGACUUGCGUCUACGAUGCUAGUUCUUUAAAUAAUGAGACCAUAUUCCAAUGCGCUCAAGAAUGUGGUACGACCACGAAUUCGACUUACGGAAUCUACGUCGAGACAGAGUAUUGCCAAUGCUUGACAACCGAAGAAGAACUUCCGCAGAUGAUGUUCCGAAUUUCAAAAGGGGACGGAUGUCCCGUUUCUGACCUAGCCUCAACCACUCCCAACCCUUGGAUUCGGAGAGCGCUCAUCCUGAAGCCGGGACCGUUAGCGACAUUUCUGGGAUAUGUGAGUCCGGAACUGGCAUAUUGCGGCGCGAGCGAAACGAUCAAUUCCUACGUGAGAACAACAUCAAUCGUCGAGAUCUAUUUG